AUGGAGAGUAAUAUAGAUAAGUUUGUUUUACCUGGUGAUUGUAUAGGUACGAUAUCAGAUUUAAAAGUACGUAUAGGUCCUGGUUUGAUUCAAGUUAAAGAUACUGUCAUCGCAUCAAAGUGUGGUGUUCUACGUUUUAGUAAAUAUCAUAAAUUCUAUUGGAUUGAAAAUGAACAGAAAAGAUUCGUACCACAAGUAGAGGAUAUGGUGAUUGGUAUCAUUGUCGAUAAACACCCAGAAUCAUUCAAAGUAGAUAUAGGUAGUAGUUCACUUGCAUUGUUAUCUGCGUACUCGUUUGAAGGUGCUACAAAGAACAACAAACCACUACUGCAAGUCGGUAAUCUAGUGUAUUGUAGAGUAUUGAUAGCCAACAAAGACAUGGAACCAGAAUUGGUAUGCAUGUCUGUCAGAAACAAAGCAGAGGGAUACGGUCAACUAGUAAAUGGUUAUAUGUUUAAUUGCUCACUCGGUUUAUCACAUUAUUUAUUAUCUGAAGAUUGCGAAAUAUUAAAGAUUCUAGGUAAACACAUUGCAUAUGAAAUAGCUGUAGGUGUAAAUGGAAGAGUCUGGGUAAAUUCAAUGGAUAAUCAACAAACAAUCAUUGUAGCAAACACAAUCUUAAACUCACAAUAUAUGCAUGAUAAUCAAAUCGAACCAUUUAUAUUAGCAACACUUAAAUCUGAAAGCAAUACAACACCGAAAACAACAGUAAAUUCACCAUCAAUAAAUACUAUUUAA